GGCAUCGACCAACUGGGCCGCGUCACAAAUCAGAGGGUAUCGAUGUCAAUCACCCCUCCAACAACCAUCAUCCCUUUCCAAACAGCUACAAUACACCAACCGCAUCUCGAAAAAGAAAAGAAAAACCAUGGACUCUCAACAGGGCGCCCUCAGUUGGCGACUUUCGGCUCAUCCGCUAACGCUCGGAUUCUUCCUUGCGUUUCGUCUAGCUUCAAUAUUUACAUACCUCUUCGGUCUCUGGUUCUCUUCAAACUUCAUCCUAAUCUUCAUAAUCGUAAUCCUCCUCCUAGCCGCCGACUUCUACUACUGCAAGAAUAUCGCGGGCCGCCGCCUUGUCGGCCUGCGCUGGUGGAAUGAGACGAACCCAGAGACCGGUGAGCAAACCUGGGUCUUCGAGUCAGCCGACGAGACGCGCCAGAUCAAUGCGACGGACUCGCGCUUCUUCUGGCUCACCAUAUACGUUGUCCCGCUGCUGUGGGUGUUUCUGGCCAUCAUCGCCAUCGUCCGGUUCGAGUUCAUCUGGCUCUCCCUCGUCGUCAUUGCCGUUAUCCUGUGCGCCACGAACGGCGUAGCAUUUUCCAGGGCGGAUAAGUUUGGGAACGCCAGUUCCCUCGCUGGAUCCGCACUGAAUAGCUCUGGCGGUGGCGCGGUUAGGAGGUUUGCUGGGAAUAUGGCUACUAGGAUGUUCUUCUCCGGGGGGAGGUGAAUUUGGUUCAGUGGAGGGCAGUGAAUUCUUGUUCUCUCGGGCCUCUGCGGAGGUCAAACCCAUUUGGCAGCGGUGGGCGGAUGGACGGGUGGAUUGGCUUCAGUUAAAAGGUUGCACAAAAAGGAGUGUAAUUUUAUGGCGUUUUACUGCUUUGAUUUGCUUUGGAAUUUGAUCACUAUCCGAUCCGUAAACGUGUGUCCAGCCAUGGUGGUUUAUAAUUCUAGAAACGUGGAGAUGUCUUUCACUUACCAUGAUCACACAUCAUCACUCUAUGAUUCAACCGCAGCCAUAACCGCCACUACUCCACAAGUUAUGAUAAAUGCCCGAAGGAGAAAAAUGUGUUAAGACGAAGAAAGGAAGAACGAAGAAUAAAAAUAAAAAAGAAUCGGUCCAACU